GCCGCCGUGCUGGACUGGGCUGGUCAGUUGGGCUGUGGAGAGCGGCCGUGGCGGACGGAGUCGGCGAGCGGUGGUCGGCGGCGGAGGCUGCGACAGCGAGCGACGGCGAACGACGGACGGUGGAAGAGGGUGGAAGGUGGAAGACGGUGGACGCUUUGUGGAAGACGACGAACGACGAAUGUGGAUCUAGUUGACGGCGAGCGAUCAACAUCAUUCGGCGGACAACUACAGGCGAUAGAGGUUCAAUCGAAUAACAGACAGUGAGCGGUGGGCUUUGGACGGUGGACGUCGACGAACGAUUCGAGUCCUGAAUUGGCUGCAGCGGACUCGUUCUACUGCACUCGGCUGCAGAGUCGGAGUCGAGGUCAUCGGUGCCUGACUCGCGUGACAGACGGCGGGCGGGACUCACAGGGCGUGCCAUGACUCUGACGUCUUGACUCGGCGACUCGAGUCAGGCGAGCGAGUCAGUCGAGCGGCGGCCGAGUCGCCGUGAGGACGCGGCGCGGCGCUGCGGACGGGCGGCGCGUUUCAAGCCUGUGUGGAGCUCUCGAGACUUGAUUAGGUGGUUCGCUCGCCAGUGUUUAGUGAGUUCAAAUUCCACCUCACGAAGCAGGCUCACCGAGGUGUAGCUUGGACUAGUGCUUUUCAGACUCUGGACGUGGUAUAAGACUUGAGCAGAAACCGUUCAAUACACCGCUCCGGAGCGGUAAGGCUGACUGCUUUGCUGCCAACCGGUCAUCUACAGGAAACGCUGGCUGAAGUAAAGGCUAAUAGCAGCAAUUGAGAAAACGUCAUAAAGUAAAGAUGUCGUCAAUAACCCGGCAGCUGCUGGCCUUGCUGGUGGCCUGCUGGCCUCUGACAGGCCUCACGGGACAGCAGUACAGGCCAAAGCCUGACCUACAAGCCUUCUCAGUUCUCGACCUCAAGGAGAGCAAAAGUUCACGGUACGACCCGUCACCAUCUGACCUGGACAUUGGUCGACUGACGAUGAAACUGGGAAGGUUUAUGGACACGGAGUAUAUGAGUAUCGACAGGCCACGAAGUCUGCGGAGAGGAGACAACGUCACAUCGUGGCACCUGCCCUUCAAGGUGCGGAAAAAACGGUCACAUACGUACCGUCGGCCGCAUCCCAGCAAACUUACGCCGUCUUCGACUGGACGUGCUCACUCUCCCGGACGGCAGCCGGCAGAAACUCCGCCUCUCACAUCGACUCCGGCGCAAGAUGCUCAAAUAUCUCCACGCGUACACACACUGCGCCGUUCGCCACCGAUGGAAGGACCUCGGUUUGCGCUUCUGGCCUCGCUGGCUUCGCACAGGAGAAUGCGACACGAAGCGCUCGUGCUCGAUUCCGGCUGGGAUGACUUGCCAGCCUGCACGCAGUCGCCAUCUAACGCUGCUGCGCUGGCACUGUCAGGAUUGGAGGCGGGUGAAGCACUGUAAAUGGCUUCGCGUCAGGUAUCCAGUCGUCAGCAAGUGCGAGUGUACCUGUCCACGGCGAUAGGUGGCGCUGCGAGCGGGCGCUAAAGUGGACAGGUGACGCUGUCAGCGCUGUAUAAGCUCUCGGUGUCUGAUGCUAGGCGAUGCGGCUGUCGCUAAACGGAGAGCUCGGGUGCGUCUUCUCAAACAUUCUCGUGAGCAAAGCAGCAAACAAGAUGAACUGCUUAGCACCCGAGUCCCGCAUCACAAACAUCGAAAUGAACGAUCAACGUAGAAGCCCAGCCCACGAAGAACUCUAGUCAUGCGUUUGUUGCACGCACCUCGGCGCCUGCUGCUUCGAAGCUGGCGAGAAGCAUGUAGCAUGCGUGUAGCGUGUGAAACAUAACUCUAAUCUGACGCUAAUGCGUUGAAUGUUGUUGAACGCGCUCGAGAUAUGCAUCGGAAACGAAUAUCGAGUGCACACCGGUGACCGUUCUACCGAAUUUUUGAUACGGUAUCUUGUAUUUAUUACGUCAUAUUCAUUCAAUGGUAGAUCGACUUUAUAUUUAUUCGCCUUUCUUACAGCUGCUUUUCACGGUUUUGUACUGUCAGUUAACUUCAUCGUAAUUACGAAUCUCUAACACAUGCAUCUAGCGCUAGGUGUUUUGCCCUCAUUUACUAAUCUGACUUGUGUUCGUCCCAUUAUUACAUUUGGUUCAGUUUCGGUAUGUAUGAAACUGUUUGUGCUUUGCUAUCUAGUGAACAUUUCGUUUCAUCGACUACGUGUGCUAUUACGCUUGACUCGGUGUAACCGCGUGUGUGAUCUUCAGUGGCAUUGCGAGUGUUUCCAAGAAUGAGUGUGCCGACGUUCAAGCUCGGAAUGUCAACAAGUAGGUAUGUUUUAAUAAGAAUACGACAAUGUCGCCCUUAAUUAAGUUAGCAAAUAGUGCCAAUAGUGUAGUGACUGAUUUGCCCUGGUGCCAUUGCGAUUUUAUGCAUUUAAAAUGAAAAUUUCAUUGGGUAUCAUAAUUGCGAUUCUUUGUGUCUGCAUUUCACCUCAGAGAACGUUCAAAUUGCAGCUUACGUAUCACUUGUACUGGUACUUGUACUAGCAUUUUACUGGUACCUGUGCUUAUACUUGGUAUUUGUACUAGUAUUUUACUGGUACCUGUGCUUAUACUUGUACUUGUAGUGGUACAGCGUGCAUGCGUGGCCGUUUUGAGUGUUGCCCUGGCAGCUGCUCGAUGAACAAGAAGAUAUGGCAGCCCGAAAAGUGACGUCACUGUGCGGCUGCCACUGGCUGUCUUGUUGCGUGCAUCAUUUGUGAGCUGACGGUUCACAGUAUGUAUUCUAUUCCUCACGUAAGGACCUAAGGCGCUGAUGUGUCAUGUUGCAGAAUAAUGUCAUAAAAUAUACUAGUUCAUCGCUCGUAAAA